AUGCCCUCUAGUGAGCCUCCUUCCACUGGUGGUGGGCUAACAAUUGGCUUCCAACUGGGCAAUAUACAGAGGGUGAUCCGCAAGUUUGCACCAGAAACCCCUCUCAAAGCGCUCUACCUCUUUGUAGAACUGGAGUGUGCGUUGGUGGCAACCCAGGAGGAAGAUUCUGCAGCACCACCUGCUUGUCCAAUCCCGGACUACCAACACUCAUACUCUUUCAAACUUUACACUGCCAUGCCCAUUCAUAUCCUCCCUCUCCCCAAACCUUCUUCCAACAACUGCUCUGAUCAUUAUCAGAUCUCUAUUGCUAAGUUUGGCGGCCUUGGCAGCGCCAACAUUAAUAUUGAGGGCACACCCUCCAUUUUCAAAUCAAAGUGA